AUGGGGGUGGCCACCAAUAAUGAAGCAGAAAUUCGGGCCCUCUUGGAAGGCCUUAAACUAUGCGUCACCAAUAAAAUGACCAAGAUAGUCAUUGAAGGGGACUCCUUAGUUACUAUUCAAGGGAUUAUUAAAAGGGGUUUCCAAAGGAGGAACCUUAACAAAUGGGUCCCAUGCAUAUCUCGACUUCUUAAUGAUAUCGACCAUUAUGAAAUUGCUCAUACAUAUAGAGAGGGCAAUCAGGUGGCAGACUGUGUUGCUAAUAUGGGCACUGACAUCCCCCAUGGUACUGUCACUUUUGAUAUACACUCAGUCUCAGAAUCAAUUCAGGAUCUAAUCAAAGUUGAUCACGCUCAGUAA